CGACCUCGGCACCUUGUAGCGGGUCAGCAUACUGGGGUCGCAUGCGCCUGCAAGGCGAAUUGAUAAUCGAGCGGGUACGCGAUAGAAGAAAUGGAGAUAUCUUUCUGGAACAGCUGCGGAAUUUACUACAAGGGCGAGUUUGGCCGGUCGCCGCGACUCCAACCUCUUCCGCCUAAUUUGUCAGCAAUACUCGCCAUCCGUUUCGGUAUAAAGAGCAUGUAACCUGGCGACUAUGACAUCACUUCAUCAGCGAAAUCAAUCUCGCACACCUACAUCGUGGCGUUCAGAGCAAGUCUACGCAAAAUGACCAACUUCAAGGUCGACAUUGUAAGCGACACGGUGUGCCCAUGGUGCUAUGUAGGCAAGAAGCGCUUGGAAAAGGGUAUCGCGGCCUACAAGGAGAAGCACCCUGAUUCCACAGACACUUUCGAUACCAACUGGUUCCCUUUUUACUUGAACCCCGAUGCGCCAAAGAGCGCCGACAAGCAACAACUGUACGAGUCGAAAUUUGGCAAAGAGCGCACAGCAAUGAUGCAAGAGCGCCUCUCACAGAUUGGCAAAGAGGAGGGAAUCAACUUCAAAUACGGCGGCAAGACUGGAAACACACGCGAUUCGCACCGGCUUAUACAACUUGGAAAAACUAAGGGCCCGCAAAUGCAGACCCGAGUGAUUGAGGAGCUCUUCGCUGCAUACUUCGAGAAUGAGAAGGAUAUUACUACCCAAGAGAUCCUAACCGAGGCAGGUGUCAAAGCUGGGCUGAAUGAGAAAGAGAUCAAGGAUUGGUUGGAGGCAGGCAAGGGAGGCCCUGAGGUUGAUAAGGAAGUGCAGCAGGCGCGUCGACAACAGAUCACUGGCGUUCCCAAUUUUACCAUAAACGGCAUGUAUGAAGUCGGUGGAGCACAGGAUCCGGCUGCCUUUGUACAGUUGUUCGAGCGAUUGAAGAGACAGGAAGGUAACCUGUAAGCAGCUCGGUGUCCGAUACCCCUCUUAGCAGAUCCAAUACAUUCACAUUCCUAAUACCACCACGCCAUCUCGACACACCAUAGUAAAUCGGCGACUUUUGUUUAGCUUCAAGCUUCUGAACACCUUCUAUCCAUUUUCGAGAACACGAUACACAAAGUGGCGUAUCCCUAGGCAUGGUGGUAUCUGACAUCCAUCGGAUGGCGUCAGAAAGCUUGACUCCCGCCUAUCGCGGAGCGAGCCUCCCGUAGCACCAAAAUCAGCUAAUUAUUUGCGAUCUGAAG